AUGACAUCUGCCGGGAAGUCGCGGUCAAGGGUCCCCGCACCGACGCUCGUUAUCCACGGUGCAAUGCUUCCCGUGCUGUACGGGUCGGGGCCAUCGUUUCCUGCGGCGCACGAAACGAGGAUGCCUCUAUCAGUUGCAGCGAAAGCUCCAAGUGAGAACACAUCCUCGUCUUGGACCGCCAACAAUGGACAACGACAACACGUGGACGCCAUCUUUGAUGACACGGUCCAUACCUGCCAGUAUGUCGGAACUGAAACACCCGGGUUCCAGCAGACUUUGUAUGAUGCGACCCGAGCAGUGGAUGCCAUCCCCUGCGCCGUCCCGCUAGCAAAGCCCAGCAGGUUGGCGCCUUGGACAAGGGACCCGACAGCAGUGCUUGCGGACCUCGCCCCAACCAAUUUCCUGUUACAGCUGGAUUUCGGGAAAUCGAUUGUCCUUUCACAUCCCCCUUUCCAGCUACUCGGGAUGGGUCCCAGCUGCCCCUCGUCCCUGAAGCUCGGGUGUUGUGGCAACACGCCAGUGUCCAGGACCCCAACAACGACUUCACUCACAAGUUGGGGAUCCGGAAGGAGUGAGCUCGAUUCGAGACCAAGAAACCGAGGGGUCCGGGUUGUGUGGAGCGUGUGGAUUGUCUCUGGGAUAACAGAUAUCACCCUCUCAAGGCCCUUCAUCAGGUCAGCCUCCUCGGAAGUGAGGAUGGUGGAGAAGCCAUCAAAAACAUUCUCGUAA